CAGCUCAUCAAGGGAAACACAGGCUGACGAUGCUAAGACUGCCCUGAAGGGGGUAUUUUGGCAGAAAGUUGUUGCCUCCCCCUCAGCUGGCAAGAGACCAGGAGUGACCAGCUGGCCGGCACCUUCCCCAGUUUGCCUUUGCUGAUGCAGGAAGGGGAAAACCCAGGCGUGCGGGGGGCACGUCACCAGUUGGUGGGCACCAGACGGCAUUCGAGGGACCCCGCCCCGGGUAUACCCGCGUACUGCCAGCGUCCCGCACCGCCGGGAGGACAACGCCGGCAGGUAACCACGCCUCCCGCGGCCCCGCGCGGUGCCGCCCCGCUCCCGGAGCCCGAGGCCUCCGCUGUGCCGCCAGGCUCGGUUCCCCGCGCCCAGAGGGCGCGUCCGCGCACACGCUCACCUCAUCGGCCGCAUGGUGGGGGCGGAGGCCACGGGGGAACUCGGACGGCGGGAGAUCUCGGAGCACUAGAGACCUCGGGCCGCGGAAGCCGUCGGGCCGCGGGAGAGCUCCGAGCACGAGCACAAGCGACCUCGGGUCGCGGGAGCCCUCGGAGCGCCCAGCACUCGCUGCGCUCCCGCCGCGCCUCGGAGGCUCUGGGCGCUGAGCCGGCGACCGGCUCAGCGCCCUCCCGAUCCGGCCCCGCCCCUGGUCCCACCCCCGGCCCGGUCCCUCCCACGGCCUUGGCCACUGGCAGGCGCGAGGGAACGGAAGCUUGGACAGUCACUCCCGAAAGUUCAGCCCUCCCCAGGAGAGGGCGUAAGUCGGGCCCCGCGGGUUGCAGGAUGGGGCUCCAGGUCCACCGGGCCUUGAGCCUGGGCGCAGUAGGUACCCCGGCAAGUCGGCGGCAGGGAAGGUCCGGUGGAGGAGGGCGGCCGAGCGCUCUGCUGGAGGGCUUGCCCAGCUGGAGGGGCCGUGGGAGGCUCAGUGCUGCCCCGGAGUCGCGCAGAACGUCCGCGCCCCCAAGCGCCCCGGCUCCGCCUGCGCUUGUCCCCCGCCCCAGCGGCCUGAGAGCCGGCGGGGCGCGGCGGGCUGAGAGUGAGGCUCCCGCCCUCCCUCCCGCUCUCGGGACGCAGCCAGGACCUCCAGCGCUUGGUGAAGUCAGAGCUCCAGGACCGUUCAGGGACGAAUGAAUGAGUGGCAGGAAGGAGGGAGGGAAGGCAGGCCGGCAGGCUCCACCUUCCAGUCCAGCCCUAGUCUCCCCCGAGCCCGCGUUGCUGCCGCGUCCUUUGUCAGUCCUGGGCCACCUGCCGCGGCAUAUUUGACUAUUAAAGGCUCUGAAAAGCUCACCGCAUGGAAACCAGUUCGUCUUUGCUCCUCCAAGCGUGUGGGACUUCUCACUCUUUUUUUUUUUUUUUUCCUGGUCUGGGAAAGGCGGCGCGGAGCCCCGGAGCUGGGGGCAAACGCCCCGUUUCCUUCUUGCCCAGCCCACCCGUUCCACGAGGCCUCCUCUCUUUAGGCCCAGCUGCGUCCUCCUCCCGCACCGGCCAGGUGGGUGCCGGCCAGGCGAGUGGGUGGAGCCGUGAGGCAAGAGGCCGUCCAGCCCCCGGAAGGGCCUGGGCCCCCAGGCACCCACCUCAGGCCUGGAGGCUCCUGUCGGGUGGAGGCGCGAGGGGUGCGUCCUGCGGCCCAGGCUGAUGGGGGUGCUGAGACCAGCCUUUGGGGCGCAGGACAGGCAGGGUGUGAAGUGAGGGCAGAGCCCACGGGGCUCCCCUGGCCCCAGCCACCUGCAUGCUGUCAUUCUUAAAACAAAGAUUUAGUGCCCACCUACCACACGCGGCCUAUGUGAGUGCUAAAGAGGAAAGCUUAACAUAAGAGAAUCUGCGCCUGGUGGAAGUUAACAUUCCUGUGGCGGCAAGAGCAAACAAGACAAGGAAGCAGGGCUUCCCUGGUGGCGCAGUGGUUGGGAGUCUGCCUGCUGAUGCAGGGGACGCGGGUUCGUGCCCCGGUCCGGGAAGAUCCCACAUGCCGCGGAGCGGCUGGGCCCGUGAGCCAUGGCCGCUGAGCCUGCGCGUCCGGAGCCUGUGCUCCGCAAUGGGAGAGGCCACAGCAGUGAGAGGCCCUCGUACCGCAAAAAAAAAAAAGAGACAAGGAAGCAAAAGAGCUGGGCUGGGAGAUGGGGAUGCUGCCGAGGAGGGGGCUGGGGGCUGCAGGUGGCCAGGGAGGGAGGUGGGCCUGCGGUCCUAAAGCGCAGGGGCUUCACCCCUCCCAGGUCAGGCUGCAGGUUGGGGCGGGGGGUUUACGGAGGCCAAGCAGGGUCUAUCCUCCCUUUGGGGGCAGGGGGAGGAGAAAGGACAGGGGUCCCGGCCAGGACUCCCGUUCAAGUGUCCAGUGAGGGCACAGACAGCCUGAACUUGGGUGGGGGGCAUCAGGAAGGGGUUGAAAGAUGGGGGCCAGGAGGAAAAGUAAGAUCUGGCCAGGAGAGCCGGGCGUGGGUAUAAAUCAGAUCAGAGAUGGGGUCUCAGGACGCUGCCCAUCCCCAGAGCCAGAAAACCAAUGCCAUGUCUAGAACAGAUGCAGCGGGGACGCUUGGUGGGGGGGCGGUCACUGUGUCAGGCCCAGCAGGGCCGGAGGGGGCACGAUAUCGGUGGCCUUAGAUCCCCUCCCGCGGGGUUGGCAGCAGCUGGCAGAGGAGGGCCGACCCAGCAUCACCCGCGGGUGAGGAGAAAGGGACAAGGGACCGGCUGGGUCCGACACCUCCCGCCUUCCUGGGUCCAGUCCCGACCCCACCAAGACCCCCCCCACCCGCAGUGCUGGGGAGUGGAAGGGGUGGACCCCACACACAACCUCGGGUCCUGGGGGACGGAGAGGCCCCUCGGUUAAAACCUCCCUCGCAGUGUCGGCUCACGUGGAGCAGGGAAGGAAAGGUGCCCAGUCGGCGUCCCGGGCCGCAGCCCUACCGUGCAGCGGGGGCACAGCCCCAGGGCAGCGGGGCAGGGAGCGCGGUGGGCUUCCGGAGGCGAACGCCGCGGCGCGGCCGGCUGCUGUGGGGAAGGGGUCAGGCUUGGCUUCCGGGCAGCCCUCCUCCCCGGACCCCGGAGGGCCAAGUGCUGCUGCCAGGCCCACCCAAGAGUGGGCACCCUGGGCCCAAGGAGCGCGCUGCCUGUUGAGCGGGCAGGCAAGCGGUAGGGAGUGCAGUGGGGCUGGAAGGGGACGUCCGAGCAGGACGGGGCAGGAGCGGGGGAGGGACACCCCGGGAGCGGGCAGAAGACCAGCCCCAGGCCCCUGAGACCGUAACCCCUCUGUGCCUGUGUUUCCGCAUUUGCGAAGUGGCGGUAGCGACAACGUCUUCCUCGUAACGCAGCUAAGUAGGUUCGUGGUUCCUGUGAGUGAGCACACGUAAGGCGUCCGCACCGAUACUGGCACGUGGCUUAUAGACAGAGGAUUUCAAGACGGAUGAGCACAGAGGACGGCCCUCGGGAGACUUCCUGCGGGUGAGCUGAGGUUUUCCUCGCUUGCCUUCACCCGUGACCGUUUCUCAGGCAGCGAGGCGGGUGUGUGUGUUGGGGGUGCGGGAGAGAGAAGCCCACCCGGAAGGCUGUCUAGGCCAACCUGGGAACCAAGCCGGAGUUGCUGCUGUGCUGAAGGCCCAAGGCUCUGGGUGCAGACACAGAAGCAAGACCCCAUUACCUCAAACUCGGGGCUCAGAACAACAGAAAUGCACCGUCUCAAGUUCUGGAGGCGGGAUGCCUGAACCAGCGCUUCUCCGGGGGGCUGGAGGUGAGGGUCCUUCCCGACUCUUCCGCCCCGGGUGCCCCAGGCGCCCGCUGUCUUGCAGCUGCGUCUCUGCCCCCACGGCAAUGGCCUUCUCUAUAUGGGGUCAGGUCUCCUCUGCCACCCCUGGCGAGGGCCUUGGGGCUCACACGUGAUCCAGCACAGUCUCCCCAUUUCCAUCUCAUCAUAGCAGCCAAGCCCGCUUUUGCCCAUAAGGUGACAUUCGCAGGUUCUGGGGUUUAGGACAGGAACAUCUCUCUGGAGUCAUUAUUCAGAGGACCACAGGGGGUCACAAGGGGCCUCUGUGGGUGGGAUGAAAUACUUAGAGGCAGAAUCUCAAGGUGUUAUAAGGCGGCUUGGAGGGGCUCUGGGCCCCGCCUGGGAGCAGGCUGGCACGGAGCUGACGCCGGCAGACCGCGCCCCCCGGCGCCGGCUGCCUCGGGUGGAAGCAGCUGUUCCCAGCCCUGUCCCGUCAACCGCCGACACGAGUGCCCGUCUCUGUGGUCGGUUUGGGCCCAGGGCUUGGCCUCCCUGGAGGGUCUCAUCUGUGCUCAGAUGCUGCUGUCCCCACUGGCCCUCCGUGUUUUCUGGGGCUGCCAUGACCUUGGUUUCAUUACAGACCUUUAGCCCUUGGACAGGAGACCCGUGACAUCACAGCCCAGUAUUGUCCCCCUGCUAGCCUGGAGAGAAGGUCUUCGUGAAGAUGAAGAUGUUUCCCUCGGCCAGGGCUCUGUGUGUGUGUGUGGGUGUGGGUGUGGGUGUGGGUGUGGGUGUGUGUGUGUGAGAGAGAGAGAGAGAGAGAGAGAGAGACAGGAAGAGAGACAGUUUGUUCAAGGAAUUGGCUCACGUAAUUAUGGAGGCCUGAUAAACCCAAAACCUUCAGGGUGAGCUGGCCGGCUGGAGGCCCGGGAAGAGUCGUGCUCAGAGAGAAUUCCUUCUCGCUCAGGGCAGAUUAGGCCUUUGAAGGCUCGGGACUGUCUCAGUCCGACGCGGCCACUAUAAUGAAAUUCCACACACUAGGCAGCUUGUAAACAACAGAAACGUCCUGCUCGAAGUUCUGGAGGCUGGAAGUGGCAGGUCAGGUACUGGCAGGGUCGGGUGAGGGCCCCUUGCACGGUCACACGCUUCUCGUGUGUCCACACGUCGGCAGGGGUGAGGGAGCUCGCUGGGGCCUCUUUUGUAAGGGCACUAAUCCCAGUUUGGAGUCACCUCUCAAAGGCCCAACCUCCUAAUACGAUCACCUUGGAGCUUAGCUUAGGUUAGCAUCAACUGAUGAGUUCAGACACAGCACCCACCCGCACUGUGGAGGGUAACCUGCUUUACUCAAAGCCCACUGAUUUAAGUAUCAAUGUAAUCCAAAACGCCCUUCACAGAAACCUCCAGGAUAAUGUUUGAACAAAGGUCUGGGCACCGUGGCCCAGCCAAGUCAACACAUAAAAUUAACCAUCACAGCUUCUAUUCUAUUUCAAGAUACUUUUAAAACACCCUUCAGGGCUUCCCUGGUGGCGCAGUGGUUGGGAGUCCGCCUGCCGAUGCAGGGGACAAGGGUUCGUGCCCCGGUCCGGGAGGAUCCCACAUGCCGCGGAGCGGCUGGGCCCGUGAGCCAUGGCUGCUGAGCCUGCGCGUCCGGAGCCUGUGCUCCAGAACGGGAGAGGCCACAGCAGUGAGAGACCCGCGUACCGCAAAAAAAACAAAAAAAACAAAAAAAAAAACACCCUUCAGAAAGUCCAAUUGUAGCCCCACCUUUCUUCCACAAACCACUGUCGGCACUAGCAGUGGUCCCAAGCUUCCCCAGGUCACAGUGUAACGCCCAGGACAAGCAGAAUCUAUGUGCCUGUCUGAGUCUGGGUCCCUUUGGGGAGUUUUCUGGUUAACCUGGAAAGGCCCCUUUGGGAUUCAUCACAUGUGAUUUGAAGCCGGCUCUGUCAAUGCUCCAAUGGUCCUGUCCUCACCAGAGCCCGGGGCAAACUGGGACCCCGCCUUCUGCAAGCAAGUCCGUCUGGGUUAAGGAGGACCAAAGGUCGCAUGCUUCGCGAGUGGACCUGGCCUUGGCCUCCAUGCCCUCUGUUCAGCCUGUCCUACUUGGCUGACCGAGUGGAUAUCUACACUUUGCAAAGUUUGGGAUGUUUCCUGUGGCUCUGAUCAGGGUGGGUGAUUUCAACCGUCAGGGCGCAUGGCAGCCGUGACGGCAUCGGCUACGGGUACAAUGGCACAGGUGCAGCGCGCGGCUAUAACCCUGUGUCCUGCUCGUCUUUCUACAUACUUUCCUGUGUCCUACAGGAUAAAAUGAAGGCGGCGCUUAUACACAGAAACACCAAAGAUGACCCACAGCGAUCAUAAUAAAUAUAUUUUAACUUCCCAACUGGCACAAAGCAACAUUUCCAGCAGCCCGACGUGCACGGUCAUGUCAGGGUCUCGUCCACCGUUAGACCCGAGGCUUCGCCCCCUCCCACCGAAGGUCAUGGUGGGAGCGGGGCCCUGUGUCUCCAGGCCCAAAGGGAUGAUGGGCCUGUAGCAAUCUCGGGAAAUCCAAAGUUAAGCAAAUAAAAUAAUAAUUUGAAAAGGAAAAAAGAAACAA